GUGAUGUUAGCCAUGCCGUAGUAAGAAACAAGAUGGGUUUGGCCAAUUUCGAUUUCAAGUUGUUUUCGCUUGCGUUUGCGUGCACCUCGGUUUCAGUUGUGUGAUUAGAAAUGCCGUCAAAUUACAAGUUCACUGUUGAACACUUGGAACUUGAAAAGUCGGAUUACGUGUGGUGAAUGUGAAAUACAAGUGGCCUUCGUGCGAUCUUGGCACUGUUGUAAAGGUAAACUGACGAUGCCGGUAGCCACAAAGAGCCUUCAUGUGGCCAACUCCUUUGAGGAGCUGAUGAAACUGGUGGACAGCGAUGCCAUCACCCUCAAGGACAAGCACUUCAGAGGAAAGAACCUCCGAAUGCUAUGCACAAGCACAAACAAGGUCCUGGAGGCAGCAGACAUGCAUAAAAACGAUGGCGAUGAGGAGAGGUCAUUCUUUCUGUACAUGCGCUAUUUCAGCAUGGUCAACUACAUACGCAAGCACAAAGACUACGCGAAGGCAAAGGACACAUACGACAAACUGCUGACGUUGGAUAAGUGCAUGCGCGUGAUGGACACCCUCGAGCAGCAGAAAAAAAGCCUCCAGAAACGAUAUGCCAUCCUGAAGGACGCCAAGGAGGCGGAGGCCAAGGAGCGAAAGGCGGAAGAGGCCGCAGCGGAGCUGAUGCGGAAACCGGCUCUUCCGCCACGGUCUCCAGAGCCAGCCGGCAGCCCACUUCCUUCAGACGGCAGUGAUAGCUCCCUCACGAAGCUACCGUAUGUUCCAGAUGUUAUCAAGUCACCUAUGACACAGCUGUCGUCAUUCAAGCUUUUAGAUAUGCUUCAGGACAAGGACAUGAAUGUAUUAAUCAUGGAUGCCAGGCCAAGACAAGACUUUCUCGACUCUCAUCUGAAAAGCAGUGACUGCAUCAACAUCCCUGAGGAGGUCCUCAAACCAGGAAUCAUAGCAGAGGAGUUGAGCAGAAGCAUACCUGAGGAGAGCGUUGAAUUAUUUGAGAAGCGUGAUGUUGUCGAUUUCGUUAUCCUAAUGGACUGGAGAAGUGCGGAUGUCCCAGAGGACAACCAGGCUCCUCUGAAGGUCCUCAAGGAUGCGAUAUACAAGUGGUCGACACAGAAGGUGCUCAGGUGUGAGCCCAUGGUUCUGAAGGAUGGCUAUGAGGACUGGCUUAUGCGGUAUCCUAUGCACACCACCAAUGCCCAUGCCAGGAUCCCAGAGACGACUUCGGACCCAUUCGUCAGCAACUAUACAAACAGCACAGAUGCCGUCUACUUUCCCGAUCCGGACAACCUUUUUGAAGAGGCUGCGAGGAGCAUGGCUCAACAAGCGAAGCCCUCUGGUCCGGCCUCCAACCCAGUCGCUGCCACUAUGCCGCUUGUGGACCGCAGCAAGAAGCCCAGCCUGUUGAAUGGCCCCGUGCCAAAUAACACGGGCCCCAAGAUGGCCAAUGGUGGCAGUGCAAAUGUGCCAGACUCCGUAGGAACCAAAAGCGGUGUGUUCCUUCAGGUUGAUCGUGCAUCGAAACCCCUGCCUGGUGGUCCGUUUGGUGGUCUCAGCCAGGAUUCAGACUCCGGGGAGUUGGAGGCCACAUCCCCUGAGGGCAUUCGUCAGACAGAGAACCUGAAGCAGAAGCUCCUCGACCUCACAAAGGACCAGUUGGCCUCAGAGAAGGAAUUUGAGCUGCUCCGCGAACGGAAGGCACGCGAGGCUGAAGAGGAGCUUCGACGCUCCGUCCAGGAGCGAGAGGAGGCCCUGCAGGCGCACGUCCGGCAGCUGGAGAAGGAGCGUGCCAAGGUCGAGCAGAAGGUCACCGACCUCACCCGGAGCAACGAGCAGUACGAGCAGAAGUUGAAGGAAAAGGACAAGGAAUUGGCACGCAUUAUACAGCUGAACGAAGAGCAGAGGAGAGCUGACAAGGAGGUUCACAAGCUCAGGGAGGAGCGGAAGCGCAAGGAACAGCAAGAACGCGAGGAAGCGCGGAAGGACUCGGGCAAGACUGUUGCUGAUAAGGCAGCCAUGCCAUCUCCACCAAGGACGCUGAAGCCGGCCACCAACGCUGCAGCCAACAGCAACAACCUGAAGAGCCAAGAACCAAAUGCUGCCACUCCAGCGGAGAGGCCGCAGGGCGUGUCAGUGCGUAGCAACAACAACCUCUCCCGAUCUCGGUCUUUCCCAAACCUGUUCACGGCUGGCGAGGAGUCCGUCUCGGAGUCCACAGGCCCAGCCACCAGCGCGGCAGUACCCCAGUUUGACCGCACUCUGAAGCCAUCGCAGAGUGUUGAGGCAAGCACAGUUGUCAUAUCUCGUCAGCCACGAGCACGGACCGGCGACGUGUUCUACCCUCGUGUGAGGAGCAUCAGUCCGUCGUCAGGACAGGAGUUCAAGCGGUCGGCGGGACUUCGCAACCUGGGUAACACGUGCUACAUGAAUGCGACACUCCAAUGCUUGGCCAACACCAUCCCCCUGGCUCUGCACUUCCUGUCUGACCGGUACAAAGGAGACAUCAAUAGGGACUCUCAUAGAAGCACUGGUGGCGAGACGGCUCACGAGUUCAAGAACCUGCUUGCUCAGAUGUACUACAACGACAAGAGUGUUUCACCAAAAGGGUUCAAGUGCCUGAUGGGAAGGCUGUUCAACGUCUAUGCUGGGUAUGAGCAGCAGGACGCCCACGAGUUCCUCCUCAACUUCAUCGACAAGCUCCAUGAAGACCUCAACAGGGCGUUACAUCGCAAGGGUGCCCCUGCGCCUUUGCCACCCACGGAUGAAGCAAACUUGUCUCUGAACGGGCGCAUCAACCGUUUCUGGUGCCAGCACUUAGACCGGCACCUCUCGGUGGUGUCGGACCUGUUCGAGGGCCUGCUGGUGUCCAACCUGACCUGCCUGGUGUGCCGCAAGUCAUCGAGCAGCUUCGAAGUGUUCUCCUGUCUGUCGCUGCCCAUUCCAGCUGUCAGCGGGUCCGUCUGUUACCUUCAGGACUGCCUCAAGCUCUUCCUGGAAACUGAGAGCAUGUCGGGAGAGGCAGCAUGGGACUGCCCAACGUGCAAGCAGAAGCGCAGGGCCGAGAAGCGCAUGAUCAUAGCCAGGCUGCCCAAGAUCCUCAUUGUACAGUUUAAUCGGUUCCGGUGUGAGACUGCAUGGCAGAGCAAGAAGCUGCAGACGUACGUGCACUUCCCCGUAAACAGCUUUGACAUGAACUGCUACGUGGACCACACCCGGGUGGACACCCAGCGCAGGCCACCGUACCACCUGUACGCAUUCUUGAACCACUACGGGACAUUGGCUACCGGACACUAUAUUGCCUAUUGCCGUGCUGGUCUUGGAGGCCAGUGGUACAUGUACGACGAUGCAUCUGUGACGGAAGUUACUUUAUCUGAAUCUGAUAAAAGAAAUGCAUACAUACUUUUCUACACGUCUGUGGAUAUGCGACAUCAGUUCACCUCCCACUCCUAAGGCUUGGCCAUGGCGAGAUUUGCAUAUUGAUUAGAAUAUACGAGAAGUGAUAUUUGUUGGCAGUACAACAAUAAAUUUAUUUUACGUAUAGUAUUGUAUUUAGAGUAUAACGCCACAAAAACAAGUAUAAGGAAGUCUUCUAAGGCGAGGUAAUUAGAUGUAUAUAAUGCGAAAUUUUUUUUCAGUGUUGCUCCUUGAUGCUUGUAUGAGAUGUGGCUUGCCUUGCUGUACAGAAUUAGUUUGUAGAACUGCAAAAGGCGCAGGGUGAUCAUGUGUAGAUAUAUAAAUAAUGCGUAAUGUUGCUACCGACAUGUGUAUGUGUAGUAAAUAAAGACAUUUUUAACUUUUGUC